CACACACUCACACAUUCACACACACACAGUCCAAACCCCCAGAAAAGCCCUGCUGAAUCCUCACACCGUCUGUCAGCAUGGGGAGCGCUUGUUUUUCCCGGGACGUUUGUUUGUUUAUCCUCCUCAUAAAUACUUGCAGGGUGAUGGGGAAUGUCGGACUCGCAGAUGCAGACGAGUGUGCAGAAGGGUCGGACGACUGCCACAUCGACGCCCUCUGCCAGAACACGCCCAAGUCCUACAACUGCAUCUGCAAGCCAGGCUACAAGGGAGAUGGCAAGCAGUGCGAAGACAUGGACGAGUGUGAGAACGACUACAACGGAGGCUGCGUCCAUGAAUGCAUCAACAUACCUGGCAACUACAGGUGCACCUGCUACGAUGGGUUCAUGCUGGCCCACGACGGACACAACUGUCAGGAUGUGGACGAGUGUGCGGACAACAACGGUGGAUGCCAGCAAGUGUGUCUCAACACCAUGGGGAGCUACGAGUGUCAGUGCACACAUGGCUUCUUCCUCAGCGACAACCAGCAUACCUGCAUCCACCGCUCUGAUGAUGGGAUGAACUGCAUGAACAAGGACCACGGCUGUGCCCACAUCUGCAGAGAGGCUCCAGGCAAGGGCGGGGUGUCGUGCGAGUGCCGUCCUGGCUUUGAGCUGAACAAAAACCAGAAAGACUGCAUAUUGACGUGUAACUAUGGAAACGGCGGUUGCCAGCACACAUGCGAUGACACAGACACAGGGCCGGUGUGUGGCUGCCAUCAGAAGUACGCCCUGCACUCAGACAGCAAGACCUGCAUCGAGAAAGAUGAGGCUGCAAUUGAGAGCUCUGAGUUCAAUGCCACGUCAGUAGCUGAUGUGGACAAGCGGGUGAAACGGCGGCUACUUAUGGAGACCUGCGCCGUGAACAAUGGCGGCUGUGACAGGACAUGCAAAGACACCGCCACAGGAGUGCGCUGCAGCUGCCCCGUGGGAUUCACUCUGCAGCCCGAUGGCAAAACCUGCAAAGACAUCGACGAAUGCCUGGAGAACAACGGAGGCUGCGAUCACUUCUGCAAGAACACAGUGGGCUCCUUCGAAUGCAGCUGCCAGAAAGGACACAAACUGCUCACUGACGAACGCUCAUGCCAAGAUAUUGACGAAUGCUCCUUUGAGAGGACCUGUGACCACACCUGCAUCAACUACCCUGGCAGCUAUGAGUGCGUCUGCAAAAAGGGACACAUCCUGUACGGCCUCACACACUGCGGAGACAUUGAUGAGUGCAGCAUCAGUAACGGGAGCUGUGAGCACGGCUGCAUAAACACUCAGGGCGGCUACGAGUGUGUGUGUCCACCCGGUCAGAAGCUCCACUGGAACAAGAAGGAUUGUGUCGAGGCGGUGAAGUGUCUGCCCAAUGGGAAGCCAGUACCCCGAGCCCAGCUGACCUGCACCAAGAGCGGGGGGGCAGAGUUCUGCUCACUCUCCUGCCCCUCCAACGCCCUCUUCCUCGCAGACUCAGAGAACAGCUACACACUGAGCUGUGGAGUGCCCGUCCAGCCUGUUAAAGCUCCUCCGAAGAGGAACACCACCACUGCUUUACCCACCUGUGCCGACACGCUGUCCGCACCCAUAAAGCAGAAGGCCAGGUUUAAGAUCAAAGACGCCAAAUGUCACCUGAGGCCCCGAAACAAGGAGAAACACAGAGACUCCUCCAGACAGAACCUACAAGGAGGCCAAUUCCCUUGCACAGACGACUGCCAGGUAACAUUUGUAAACCUCAAGUGCGACUCUUCUAAGAAGCGCCGACGAGGACGCAAAUCUCCUUCCAAAGAGGUUUCCCAUAUCACAGCUGAGUUUGAGAUGGAGAUGAGAGAGGAAGAAGCAUCAGACUCUUGUAACGUGGAGUGUGUGCGGGAAAGGGUGAAGCAGAAGCUGCAGAGCGCCAUGCGGACGCUCAGGAAGUCCAUCAACAGACAGCAGUUCUACAUCCAGUUCUCUGGGACGGAGUACGAGGUGGCCCAGAAACCGUCCAAGGUACUGGAGGGAGUCGAGCUCUGCAGCACGGGACAAGUCCUCCGAGAGGGGAAGUGUGUGAGCUGUGGGCUGGGGACGUUCUACAGCGGGGAGCAGGAGCAGUGUGUGCAGUGUGUUCCCGGGACGUACCAGGACACGCUGGGUCAGCUGUCCUGUGAGCCAUGUCCCGGCAUCGAAGGACAGGGCAUCGCCGGGGCCAAGAACGUGUCUCAGUGUGGAGGUCAGUGUACAGCGGGUCACUUCUCUCCUGACGGCUUUCGUCCAUGCCUGUCCUGUCCGCUGGGCUUCUACCAGCCUGAACCGGGCCGAGUGCUCUGCUUCCCCUGUGGAGGAGGCAUCCUGACCAAGUUUGAAGCAUCAACGGCCUUCAGGGACUGUGAGGCCAAGGUGCACUGUGCUCCUGGACAUUACUACAACUCCAGCACCCACCGCUGUAUCCGCUGCACAGGAGGCACCUACCAGAAUGACUUUGGGCAGAACUACUGCAUCACCUGCCCCGGGAACACCACCACGGACUUUGACGGCGCCACCAACGUCUCCCACUGCAAAAACCAGGUGUGUGGAGGUGAGCUGGGAGACUACACAGGCUUCAUCGAGUCUCCUAACUACCCUGGAGAUUACCCAUCCAACGUGGACUGUGUGUGGACCAUCAACCCCCCACACAAGAGGCGGAUUCUCAUCGUAGUACCAGAGAUCUUCCUCCCCAUCGAGGAUGAGUGUGGAGACGUGCUAGUCAUGAGAAAGAGUGCCCUUCCCACCUCCAUCACCACCUACGAGACAUGCCAGACCUAUGAGCGGCCCAUCGCCUUCACGUCUCGCUCUCGAAAGCUCUGGAUUCAGUUUAAGUCCAACGAGGGAAACAGUGGCAAAGGGUUCCAAGUUCCCUACGUCACUUAUGAUGAGGACUACCAGCAGCUGAUAGAGGACAUAGUGCGAGAUGGCAGGCUCUACGCCUCUGAGAACCACCAGGAGAUACUGAAGGAUAAGAAGCUGAUAAAGGCUCUGUUUGACGUGCUGGCCCACCCUCAGAACUACUUCAGGUACACGGCGCAGGAGUCCAAAGAGAUGUUCCCGCGCUCCUUCAUCAAGCUGCUGCGCUCCAAAGUCACCAGGUUCCUCAGGCCGUACAAAUAGUCGAGAUAUCUCCAACGUCCUGUCAAAGACCCCCCCCCCCCCUCUUUUCUGAUCCGCCCCUGCCCGUCCCUUUACUAUAUUUGCCCUGUUUGUCACAUAAUGCCUUUCCUCAUCUUUGACUCCUUUAAUAAGUAACACAUUGACGCCCUUCCCUCAGUUUGUGCAGCUCUUUUUAUAAGGUUUGACCGAUAUGGGGUUUUUGCAGACCAGUAAUAAAAGAAAUUUAACACAGAAGAAGCUGCCGGAUAGAAAUUGUGUGUAUAUAUUGUUUCUUUGAAUCCAACUAUAUUAUACCAAACAUGUGAAAGCAUUAAAGCAUGUAAACAUGUCACAGAAAACACAAUCCAAACCUAUUAUGCAACAUAAUAGGGCCCCUUUCAACAUUACAUUAUCAAGCUACAUGUAAUUCAUUAUAGUCCCUAAAGAGAAAACAUAAUGAAAGCAGCUGAAAGGAAACCUGUUUAUUAGGGGUUUCAAUGACUAUUACAGUAUAUAAAUGUAUCAAUUAAUCGUCUCAUACUUGGCAAGAAAACACAUUUCUCAAAAUGUUGGACUAUUCCUUUAAAAUGUGUGUUUCAAACAGCUCUAAAACAUUUAAAAAAAAUCAUAUAUAUAAUAAAAUGGUACUUCUUAUGAUUAGUAUAGUGCAAGUAUCAGGAAACCAUUGUAUCGGUCAAACCCUAUUUCUGCACACCAUAUUCUAUUUCUUUUACUUUUCCAACCCUCCCCAGAUUUCUGCACCUUCAUUAACGUUUUGUUUUUCACUAUCUCCCCCUCUCUCAUUUUUAUUUUGCUCUUGUUUUUUUCUGUGUUGUUGUGUUGUUUUUGUAAUAUUUAUACUGAACUUGCAGAAGCCCACAUCGCAGAUUUACAACGCACAUACAGACGUGUGAAAUGUGUGGACAUACACAGGUGAACAUGCAUGAUGUGUAAUCUGAAUUGGAUUCCUUUAUUGACCCCUUUUGAGACAAAUGUGUUUUAUAUACGCACAUUUUAACCAUUUUUAUGUGGGGAAAUCUGAACCAUUCCACCUUUAGUAGGUGCUUUAUCCAUUUAAGCACAGGGGAAAGUUAAAUGGUUAAGUGAAUCAGAAAGUCUAUAUUGUAAAAAAAAAAAUAGAACAUAUGUAACAAGAUGAGAUAAACUACCUGCAAGUAACAGAGUGUUACUUUAGAGAGAAAUGUAUGUAAUGUAACUAAUAUUUGGAACUUUAAUUGCACUUGAAUUUUAUAUUUUAAACUGUAGGAAAAAAAGAUCUAAGUUACGUUUUUUGUUACCUUUUUAUGUAUUGUUUUGAAAUGUGCCACAUGUGGCGGUGAAGAGAGAGACGGCUGUGUCUCCUGUUAUUGCCCCCGCACUCAUAGCCCAUUCACACACACAAAGACAGUUAGAUUGAAGCUUUAGCAUCUCGUAUGUAAACUAAUGUGCACAGAGAAAAAACUCCACUACAGUUUGUUUGUGUAUUCACUGCCAGAUUUUGCUUCAUAUCUCAAACAUUUCCUAAAGCUGCCAGAGAGAGGAAGCGUCAACAUAGAAGCUUCUUGUAUGAUGGCACUACUUACAUGCCUGUUACUUAAAAACUACUUACAAUACCUGCAUUUAUCCAGAUGCAGUCUCUUUCCAUUAAAUAGGAAGUAUAGUUUAUAUACUUUUCUUUUAUAACCCAACUAAAUGUUUCUGUGUCAUUCCGAAUGGUACUAGUAUGUCUAUGAAAUCCUAUAACAUGUAUUGAAGAUGGGCUCUAUAUCUGCACAAUGCGACUGGAGGCGGGAAAAACAUGUAUGGUGUGACUGGAGUUUUGGAGGCGAAUGUAGUGGCAGUCAGAAUAAGAAACAUCUCCUAUCUGAGUGCCUGUGUGUGUGUGUGGCACUUGCAGCCAGCAAACGUUAUCUGUGUGUUGUGUUUAUAAAGAAGCUAGCCUCCCCUGACGGAUGAUAACAAAUCAGAUGAACAUCCCCUUUUGACGUUAAAGCUCCUCUAGAAACACUUUGGAUAACAUUCCUGAAAAGAGUCUUUGUGUUGAGCAUAAAGAAAGCGUGAUGAUUAUAAAUUAAAGGACCAUACUGGAGGUUUUGUAGGUUUUAACACAUGUACUUAAAAUUAUGUAUACUAUCUUCAGUGCAGUAUCACAGAUUUCCUAUAAUCCAGGGGUGUAAUUUCAACACACUGGUCAAAUUAUUGUUUGAUAUUUGGAAAAAACACUCUUUCUUACGGUGGCAGACAGUUGCCAAGGCCGUUCAACAGCCAAAAGUCUUUCCAUUAGGAGAAACGUGCUGCAGUUUCAAAAAUGAUGCAAAUGAAAAAAAGGGACAUGCGCAGCGUUUAUUACAACUGCAUGAACAAAACACUGCAGAUGCAAAAUGCAGCAAGAAGCUCAAGACUUGCAGUGCAGCACGUUUCUCCUAAUGGAAGUGUUUUGGGCCACGCUACUUUCUUUUGUUCAUGAUAUCUACAGAAAUAAUACGUUGUUUCAGCAAACAUGUUUUUUAGUAUCUACAUUUCGAUUUUCAUAGCACACUGCAAUAAAACAGAAGGAAGUCAAUACAAAAAAAUGCGUUCUUCAAUCUUUAAUCAUGUUGUUUAUUUGUUUUUAAUGGACUGAAGCAUGCAAAACUACUAGUAUGGUCCUGCAUGGCACUGAGCUGGUCAUAGUUAGGGCAUUGCAUUCCAAAACAAGAUACUAAAUGGAAAUAACCAGUUAGACAAAAAGGGAAAUAUUUUUUACCGGCAUUGACUGAUAAUCACCCCCUUAAAUACUCUUUCACUGAAACUCCAAACCGCCGAAUAGCUGCCAUACAGAUGAUUUAUGGUAUGGCCUACUUCCUGUUUGAGGUGGGCACUGUUCAAUAUGAGUGUUAUGAAACAAAUUACAUGAAAUGCUCUAACAUUUUAAUUGAAUUUUUUGUUUUCCUGAGAAUGUAUUCUAUUGUGUUAGCGUGUGUGUUUGUGUGUGUGUGUGUGUGUGUGUGUGUGUGUGUGUGUGUGUGUGUGUGUGUGUGUGUGUGUGAGAGAGAGAGAGACUGAUUCUGAGAAUGGGUGUGUUUGCAGUAAAUGUGUGUGUUUCUGUGUGUGUUUAUUUGGUCUGAGUGCCUGUGAUAGGGAGAGAGUGUUUGUACUUUAGUCCAAUUUGUAGAGGAAUAAUUUUAAAGUUUGUGUUAGUCGGUUGUACCCAAAGAGAGAAAUUGUAACGCAGUGUUGUGCCAUUGUUUGGUCCAUGAAACUCCAGUACUGAACAAAUUAAAUAAAACAGUAGCAGAAAAUACA